AUGCAGGCACGGUUGUCUCCUGCUCGGAUAGAGUCGAUCCUCGCUGUCAGGAGAGUCAAAGAGGGAUCUCCUCUCACAGGCGGGGGGCACUGUGUUCCACCCUCGCCUGGAGCUGUGGAAACUUUGGGUGUGGCCCCUGAGGGGGCACACCUUUUAGCUUCCGGUCUCUCAACCGAGGUUGUUGAGACCAUCCUCCAAUCUAGAGCUCCCUCUACGAGGAAACUUUAUGCCUUGAAGUGGAGGCUUUUCACUUCUUGGUGCGAACGCCACCAGCAGGACCCAGUUAACUGCCCAGUUGGUACAGUGCUGGAGUUCCUGCAGGAUAGGCUUUCCGCAGGGUUAUCCCACUCCACCCUGAAGGUCUACGUGGCGGCCAUUGCGGCCUACCACGCCCCUCUCGGUGGUCUCUCGGUGGGUAAAGACCCCCUUGUCUCUCGUUUCCUCCGCGGUGCACUGAGGCUGAGGCCUCCUGUACGUUCUCGUGUUCCGUCAUGGGACUUGUCGCUGGUGCUAGAGGCUCUCUGUAGGCCUCCUUUCGAGCCUAUUGAAGAGAUUUCCGAUCGUCACCUUACGAUUAAGACAGUUUUGCUCAUUGCUAUUACUUCUCUUAAGAGAGUUGGGGAUCUCCAGGCCCUUUCAGUGGCCCCUUCUUUUCUGGACUUUGCGCCAGGUUUGGCAAAAGCUUUUUUGCACCCUCGUCCGGGUUAUAUCCCUAAAGUCCCCUCCUCAGCACCACGGCCGGUCGUACUGCAGGCCUUUUGUCCUCCUCCCUUCCGGGAGCCCGACCAGCAGAAGCUAAACUGUAUGUGUCCAGUUCGAGCGCUGGACACAUACGUCCACAGAGCUGCCAUGUGGAGAAAAUCUGAUCAGCUUUUUGUUUGCUAUGGUCCGGCUAAGCGAGGCUUUCCGGCCACCAAACAAACUUUAAGUCGUUGGAUUGUGGAUGCUAUCUCUACUGCAUAUGAGUCCUCUGGUCUCCCUACUCCUUUAGGGGUCAAGGCUCACUCAACCCGGAGUGUUUCGGCCUCCAAGGCCUUCCUCGAAGGUGUCCCUAUUCAGGACAUCUGUAAUGCUGCGGGAUGGUCCACGCCUCUUACUUUUGUCAGGUUUUAUGACCUAGACUUACGAGUCUCUCCUGGCUCUUCCGUCCUUUGUCCUAGCUCUUCCUAGGCAGGGACUUGGCUUCUGGCGGCAUGGGCAUCUCGUUCCCCUAGCGUUUCGACGCGGCUCGAG